AUGGGCGGUGCCGGGCUAUCUACCCUUACAGGCGGACUUGCAUACGCGGGUACUGCUGUCGGAACCGCGUGUUUAGCCACCGAUAAAGUGAUGUCGAAGUCCGGAAAACAAUCGCAAGGUUGCGAAAACAACAGUGGAAAUACCCAGCAUGAUGGAGGUGUUGACGAGCCUGGUUUGAAAGAAAACACAAACAUGACGGAUUCUCGCCUGGUUAUCUGGAAUUUACAAAAGGGAGACAAGAAAUCGAAACAGCAACUGGAAUCAGAGGCUGGGGGUGAACUGCGUUUCCGGAGCCAGACGAAGUUUGGAAGCAUGGUUGACUUUUACGUCGUUGGAACUGGAGGAUCUGUUUAG